GUGGUGGGAUCCAAGCAGGACGUGGUCUUGUACUACACGGAGCCCGACUCGCAGAACUCCUACGAGGCGGCCAGGUUCCGCGUGCCCGCCAUGAGGGACACCUGGACCCGCUUCGCAGUCGCCGUGAGGGACGACAAGGUGAUGCUCUAUCUCAACUGCGAUACGGACCCUCAAAUGAUGCGCAUCGAGAGGUCCCCGGACGAUAUGGAGCUGGAGAUGGGCGCCGGGGUCUUCGUGGGCCAAGCUGGAGGAGCCGACCCGGAGAAGUUCUUGGGCGUGAUCGCUGAGCUGAGGGUGGUGGGAGACCCCGGCGCAGCUGAGAGGCAAUGCGAGGAGGAUGAAGAUGACUCGGAUAUGGCUUCGGGAGAAGGAAGUGGCUUCAGAGAAACCAGGCCUGCAAAACCCAACACAGAAAUACACAGAUCCACGACCACUCCUCGGCCUAUUCAGCAGCCUCCACUGGUGAAAAAAGUAUUGGAGGCUACAGCAGUUGAAGCUGGGGCCUUUGGGGCUAGAGGAGAGAAAGGCGACAGAGGAGACAAAGGAGAGAAAGGAGAUAGGGGCCUCGCCGGGCCAAAGGGGGAAGCUGGCUCAGGCUCCAGCUCGGGGGGUGGAGUCCGUGUAGCCAAGGGGGAACCAGGUGAAAAGGGAUCAAAGGGAAGUGCAGGCUUUGGAUAUCAAGGAACAAAGGGGGAACCUGGAGUUCCUGGACCUCCUGGGCCCCCUGGCCCUCCAGGUCCUUCAACUGAGUACUCAGUUGAAGGUGACGGAUCCGUUGUUUCAAGAGUCCCUGGACCCCGAGGACCACCUGGGCAACCUGGCCCUAAGGGAGCACCCGGAGAUGAUGGCGAGCCAGGUGAUCCUGGUGAAGAUGGAAAAACUGGUCCUCAAGGACCACCAGGCUUCCCAGGAACUCCAGGAGACCCUGGAUCCAAAGGAGAUAAGGGAGACAAAGGAGAAGGUCAGCCCGGGCCCAGGGGACCCCCAGGACCUCCGGGACCACCAGGAUCAGGUUUCAGAUCUACCUUUAUGGACAUGGAGGCCUCUGGAUUCCCUGAUAUUGAAUCAAUUCGAGGACUUCCAGGGCUACCAGGUCCUCCGGGCCCCCCCGGACCUCCUGGUCCUUCCACAGCCGGCACAGCACUCAGCUCUGGAGCAUUCGGACCUGCAGGCAAGGAUGGGGCAAAUGGUCAACCUGGCUUGCCUGGUUUACCUGGUAACGAUGGUCUCCAAGGACUUCCUGGACCCAAGGGAGAAAAGGGUGAUUCAGGCGCGCUUGGUCUCCCAGGAGCCAUCGGACAAAAGGGAACUCAAGGAGAACCUGGUUUACCAGGACCACCAGGAGAGACUGGGCUGGCUGGAUUGCCGGGACCAAUGGGACCAGUUGGGCGCCCUGGACCUCCAGGACCUCCAGGCCCAGGCUACCGUGUUGGAUUUGAUGACAUGGAGGGGUCAACUGGGGGUCUUCCAGGUAUCAGAGGACCAGAAGGAGUACAGGGUCCCCCUGGCUUACCUGGACACCCUGGUAAACCUGGCCUACCUGGCUUGCCGGGUCCAAAGGGAAGCGAAGGAUCCUCAGGAAAAGAUGGUCAACCAGGCCUGGAUGGCUUCACUGGACCUCCGGGGCUAAAAGGUGUCAAGGGUGACAGAGGAGACAGGGGUGAACCAGGUCGAGAUGGAACUGGACUCCCAGGCCCACCGGGUCCACCAGGAGAACCAGGGCAAAUCAUCUAUCGGAAUUCUAAUGAUUUUGAUGCUGUUUCUGGUAGAGCCGGCCCUCAGGGUGGGGCAGGUCUACCGGGUAGAGCUGGAUUUCCUGGUCCUAUUGGUCCAAAGGGUGACCGAGGUGACCCUGGUCCACCGGGUUAUGCAGAGAAGGGUGAGAAAGGUGAACCGGGUUUGAUAGUUGGACCCGACGGAAACCCUCUGUAUCUGGGAGGCCUAACUGGUCCAAAGGGAGACCAAGGAUAUCCAGGACCUGUUGGACCACCUGGUCCAUAUGGACCUGCCGGAAUAAAGGGUGAAAUUGGAAUGCCUGGAAGACCUGGUCGCCCUGGUGUAAAUGGUUACAAGGGGGAGAAAGGAGAGGCAGGAGGUGGCUCAGGCUAUUCCGUGGUCCCUGGCCCACCAGGACCACCUGGGCCACCUGGACCUCCUGGGCCUGGCAGCACUUUAGACCGCUUCAAUCGCUAUGAUGACGCUUCAAGAAAUUAUCCAGUGAUCAAAGGGGAAAAAGGAGAUCAUGGUGAUCCUGGACUUCCAGGGAUUCCGGGACAAAGCUUCAAUAUUGAUAUUUCAACAUUCAAGGGAGACCGUGGAGACACAGGUGUCAAGGGAGAUAAGGGGGAGCCUGGUGGUGGAUAUUAUGACCCUCGUUUUGGCGGACUUCAGGGUCCACAGGGACCACCCGGCAUCCCUGGAUUACCUGGUCCAAAAGGAGACUCUAUAAUGGGCCCUCCUGGACCCCAAGGACCUCCUGGGGAACCAGGGGUUGGUUACGAUGGACGUCCAGGUCCUCCAGGACAGCCUGGACCUCCAGGACCACCAGGGUCAUUUCCUGGCGUAUACAGACCCAAUUACCCUGUCAGUGUUCCUGGACCCCCGGGCCCUCCUGGUGCACCUGGCAGUCCUGGUGUCUCCUCUGGGGUUACAGUCUUAAGGUCGUAUGAGACAAUGAUUGCGACGGCCAGACGACAGGAAGAAGGCAGUCUUAUCUUCGUCCUAGAUAGGGCUGACCUUUAUUUGAGAGUCCGCGAUGGGCUACGACAAGUUAUGCUUGGAGAGUACAGUCCUUUCUACAGAGAUUUGGAGAAUGAAGUGGCCGAGGCCCAGCCUCCGCCCGUAAUUCUAUACCCCCAGUCUCAGGACCAGUCCCAGAACAAUGGAGCGGGCCAUUACUCCCAGGGCAGCCCCGUCAUACAGCCCAUUGAGCCCCCGCCUGCUGUGGACCCCGGAUACCCGCCACAGUACGAGCCCAGAUUCCCCGAGCAAACGUACCCGGGUCAGACCGAUGGAAGAUUAACCAGCCAGCAGGCUGAAAACAGAUACCCCGUCACUCCACAACAGCGACCCAACCCACCCGUACCGGGGCCUUUUGGUCCAGUAGAGACAUCAGGAUCAGGGCUCCAUCUCAUUGCCUUGAACGCCCCUCAAACCGGGAACAUGCGAGGGAUCCGCGGCGCAGAUUUCCUCUGCUUCCAGCAGGCUCGGGCGGCAGGUCUGAAGGGAACCUACAGAGCUCUCCUCUCCUCCAAGCUCCAGGAUCUCUACACCAUCGUCCGCAAGUCGGACAGGGACAGCAUCUCGAUUGUAAACCUCAAGAACCAAGUGCUGUAUAGCAGUUGGGAGUCUAUCUUUGGCGAUAAUGCCAGUAAAAUGAGGGAGAACGUACCCAUCUACUCCUUUGAUGGCAGAGACAUCAUCAGGGACAGUGCAUGGCCCGAAAAGAUGGUCUGGCACGGGACGAGCAGCAAGGGCCACCGAAAAACAGACCACUACUGUGAAACGUGGCGGGCGGGCGACCGCGCAGUGACCGGUCUGGCGUCCUCGCUGCAGAGCGGUCAGCUCCUGCAGCAGUCCCCCAGAAGCUGCUCGGGCUCCUACGUCGUCCUCUGCAUCGAAAACGCCUUCACGUUGCCCUCCAAAAAAUAAAAUCCAGUCCAUCCUUCUAGUUUGUUUUCUGUGCGUUCUGGGCCCUAGUUAAAAAAAAAUUUUUUUUAAUGAUUUUUUUUUUUUUUUUGGUCAAAUAUCCCAGUAACACAGCUUUUGAGCGUGUGGCAUGUAGUGACCAGGCCCUGUGGCACAUUGCCCGGCAGAGACCUCCAUAAAUGCCAAAGAGAUGGGUCAAACAGCAGAGUGCCCAUAUUCUCGGGGGCAUCGGCACAUAUUUUCUCUUCAAAGAAAAGAACAGCAGCAGAUAUGCAAGAAGAUAUGAGCAUUUUCAUAUUAUAUCACUUUUUUUUUUUUUUUAUUCUGUAUUUUACAGGUUUGUCAUGUGUUUUUUUGUUUGUUUUUUUUUUCGUUGUGAUCAAUGUUUUACCUUUUGGAACUUUUCGAAAAAGUAUUUUUUAAGCAACUUCUUUAUUUUGUUUUUUUCUAGGUAUUGACGUUUUCCUAUUUUUCCAGUUUCAG